UUUUCGUCGACUUGAGUGGUUGCAAAGCACGUAUUUCUACUGAAAUGCGAACCCAGAUGGAUAAAAACCAUAUGAUUAAUAGGUUGACUGAAGAAUUGGACGAGGAUGUCGCUAUAAAGUAUCCUUUGAUAAAAGCUGGACAAAAAUGGAAAGAGCUUCGCUUAAAUUUUUGCGAGUUUUUAGACAUUUUGGUUAAGCAGUGUCACGAGAAUAGAAUAAUGUAUGACAAGUAUUUUUUGGAAAAUAUUAUUCUCUUUCUGAUUUCGCUCUCCGAAUCACAAGUGAGGACUUUCAGAUUCACAGCGACCCUUUCAGUAAUGAAACUUACGACAGCUUUGGUGGAUGUUGUUGCGGAAAUAUUUAAUGAUUUGACAGGAACUGAUAGGGAGCACUUGGAUGAAAGUCAGCGUGAACGGAAUGAAGACAUUGAUCAAAUGAGACGCUUGGUGGCUGAAAUGAUUGAAUCCGUUUUCGUUCACAGGUUCAAAGAUAUUUGUCCAGAAAUUCGAGUCAUUUGCAUGGAAGAAAUGGGCCUUUGGAUCCAGAAAUUACCUCAGGAUUUCCUCGAUGACAAUUGCUUGAAAUAUAUCGGAUGGAACCUUUAUGACAGUUCCGGAGAAGUUAGAUUGAAAUGCCUUGAAGCUCUGCAGCCUUUGUACGCUUCAGAAGAUAUGUGUCCAAAACUAGAGAACUUCAGUGUUAAAUUCAAGGACAGGAUUGUCAAUAUGACUCGCGAUAAGGAAAAUGAAGUAGCUGUGGAAGCAGUGAAGAUUAUGGUGUCAAUCUUAAAAUGUCACCCCAAGCUCCGCACGGAUAAAAUGGAUGAAAUUAUCUUUGAAUUGGUCUUUGAGUCUUAUCAACCACUCGCUCGUGCAGCUGCCCAGUAUUUGAGCAAGCGUUUGAUGACGUUUGAUGAAGAAGGAGUCAUUGAAGUUAAGACUUUGAUUCAAGAUUUGGUUCUCUUUUAUAUAGAGUCUGAGGUUUCUGGACAUGCGGAUUUAUUGGUAGAUUCCCUGAUGGAAAUCAAUGAGAUGAUGAAGGACUGGGAAUGCAUGACUGAUUUACUUCUUGAAGAUUCAGAGGAACAAGUUUCGGAAAAUCAGGACAAAGCAGAUAGUGUUCUUAUUGAGUUGAUGGUUUGCUGCAUAAAACAAGCUGCGACUGGUGAAAUUCCAGAACGUCGAGUACCAAAACGCAAGAUGUCAACAAAGGAAGAGCAACAAGUUAAACAAGACAGGGAGAAAAUAACGAAACAUUUUGUCGAAAAUUUGCCUCUUCUGCUCUCUAAAUACAGCAAUGAUCCUAAGAAACUGGCAAAUCUGCUCACCAUUCCACAAUAUUUUGACCUGUUUAUCUACGUCAAGCUCAAGGAAGAAGACAAUUUGGAAGCAUUACUCCACGAAAUGCAGAUGAUUGUAGAAACUGUUGAUGACUCUGUUGUGCUGGAAACAGCAUCAAAAACCUUUGAAUGCAUGUGUGUUAACACGGAAGGCCAUCCGAAUUUCGCUAGGUGUGAUCUUGCACGUACGAGAUUGAUUGAUGAGAUUGUAAAAAACUACAAAACAGCAAUAGAAGAAUACAGAACUACCUUGGAGGCAAAGAAAGAAAUCGAUUCAAAACUUUCCAUCAAAGUUACACAGUUUCUCAAGCAAGUCGCUCUUUUUUACACAAAUCACGACCUGAAUCAUUGGCAGCUUUGGGAUUCGCUCUUUAAGAAUAUUUUAGAUACAUUUUUAAUGACCGAUACUCGAAAUUCGCUUUCUGAUGAGGCAGUCAAGUACUGCAUAACUUCCUGCUACUUUUCAUUUCUGUGGGGCCAACAUCAUCUCUUUAAAUGGGCGGAUUCGGAUUCACAAAGCGAUGAAAAGUGUAAGGUUUUGAGAGAACACUUGGACGAUUUCAUGGUAUUGAUAUGUAGCUUCAGUGGCGACAAGAUGAAAAGGCCAGUACCAGACGCUUUGAGAGAAGAUGCUUUCAUUGCAUUUUGUGAUCUGCUUGCAAUUUUUUCUAACCGGUUGCAAAGCCAUCCCGAACCUUUGAUGCAUCAAUUGAUUUACACACCGACUCCUAUGAUGCAUACAAUUAUACGAAAUUUCUUACAGAAGUUCGUUUUUGUUGAGAAAGAAGAUGACGAAGUGGAUGAACCUUCAAGGAUGGAAGAUUUGGCCAAAAGGAGAAACUUGCUUGCAGGUUACUGCAAGUUGAUUGUCUACAAUAUGAUAUCAGCGAAAGAAGCUGUAUUUGUCUUUAAGAAUUAUGUUAAAUACAAAAAGGACUAUGGAGACCUCAUCAAAGAGACAUUGAUUAAAACGAGGGAUAUUAGCAAUAAAAACUGUGCACUCGUUAUGCAAUACACUUUAAAUUGUCUCUACCGUGAAAUCGUUGCUGAAAAGGGAAAAGUUAGCACAAACAGCACCGAAUUUCACGAGAUUAAGGAACUGGCGAUACAGUUUUCGGUAUUAUUCAAAGGCGACAAAUCGAGAAAUCGAGAUGCAAUGAUAGGUCUACACAAGGCGGGAAUUCGUUUUGCUGUAUCAGAACCACGAGCCGUUGAAUUAGAUUCCAAAAAACCGCCAACUAAUCUUUCUUUCCUGGAAAUUCUCUCUGAGUUUACUAAUAAGCUUUUGAAGAAUGACAAGCUUGUUAUAUUGAACUUCCUCAAUGAUUACAUUCCGAAUAGAAUGCUGUCUUCACGAGAUGAUGAUUGGAAGCCUUUAAUAAAGUACAGAAAUAGUCUCCUGCAAAGCGAAAAGCAAACUCCUGAAUUACCUGGCAAAUCGAAGAAAAAUAAACUAAGGAAACCGGAAUUGUCGGUCUCGAAAAUAACAUUACCACGCCCAAGUUCUAGUGGAAAUGACAGUAAUUUAGAAAUCACCUUGAUUGCAAAUGAAGAUGAUGAAGUUUCACCACCACCAAUAAUCGAAAAUUCAUCAUCAUCGUCAGCUUCAAUUCCUUUUACUGGUAGAAGCAGCUCUAGAGGAAGUCUCUCGAAUCUCUUCAUUAUGGAAACGGAUGACAUUAUGGAAGAAUAGAUUCAGUUGAAUGAAUGAUUGAUAAACAUUUAUAAUUUAAGGUAUAUUCUACUUUUGUUAGUACUGAUUUAUCAGAAAAAUGUGAUCAUUAUCU